CAGCAGCAGCAGCAGCAGCAGCAGCAGCAGCAGCAGCAGCAGCAGCAGCAGCAGCAGCAGCAGCAGCAGCAGCAGCAGCAGCAGCAGCAGCAGCAGCAGCAGCAGCAGCAGCAGCAGCAGCAGCAGCAGCAGCAGCAGCAGCAGCAGCAGCAGCAGCAGCAGCAGCAGCAGCAGCAGCAGCAGCAGCAGCAGCAGCAGCAGCAGCAGCAGCAGCAGCAGCAGCAGCAGCAGCAGCAGCAGCAGCAGCAGCAGCAGCAGCAGCAGCAGCAGCAGCAGCAGCAGCAGCAGCAGCAGCAGCAGCAGCAGCAGCAGCAGCAGCAGCAGCAGCAGCAGCAGCAGCAGCAGCAGCAGCAGCAGCAGCAGCAGCAGCAGCAGCAGCAGCAGCAGCAGCAGCAGCAGCAGCAGCAGCAGCAGCAGCAGCAGCAGCAGCAGCAGCAGCAGCAGCAGCAGCAGCAGCAGCAGCAGCAGCAGCAGCAGCAGCAGCAGCAGCAGCAGCAGCAGCAGCAGCAGCAGCAGCAGCAGCAGCAGCAGCAGCAGCAGCAGCAGCAGCAGCAGCAGCAGCAGCAGCAGCAGCAGCAGCAGCAGCAGCAGCAGCAGCAGCAGCAGCAGCAGCAGCAGCAGCAGCAGCAGCAGCAGCAGCAGCAGCAGCAGCAGCAGCAGCAGCAGCAGCAGCAGCAGCAGCAGCAGCAGCAGCAGCAGCAGCAGCAGCAGCAGCAGCAGCAGCAGCAGCAGCAGCAGCAGCAGCAGCAGCAGCAGCAGCAGCAGCAGCAGCAGCAGCAGCAGCAGCAG